AUGGAUGUCAAUGUUGAUCGAGAUUGCAGCGCUCUGGGUGGACUUUUUCACCAGAUUAUUACGGAUAUGAAGAAUGGAGCUCCGCUUUGGGACGACCUGAUAUCAAAAGCGACCAAGCUGCACACUUGUCUGAAAGCAGCGAUACUCGCGGUGUCAGCUUAUCUGGAGGCCUUCCAGAAAAUCGCUGAUGCUGCUACCAGUGCUAGGGGAGCGACCAAAGAAAUUGGCACUGCCUUGACGAGGAUAUGCUUGAGACACAAAGCCGUUGAAACGAGAAUGAAAUCAUUUACUUGCGCAAUAAUGGACCGACUGGUGAUGCCGCUCCAAGAAAAAUUAGAAGACUGGAAGAAAGCCCUGAUAGUUCUGGACAAAGAGCAUACAAAAGAGUACAAAAAAGCAAAGGCUGAACUGAAGAAGCAGCGGACAUCGGCAGUAGACACUUUAAGACUUAAAAAAAAAACUCGAAAAAUAACAACGAAUCACGGGCCCGGAAUGGGUACCGGUAACAUCAGCGAAUCCUUUCAGGGAAAUAAAGAGGAUGACAUGGAACUAAAUCGCAGAUUAUUAGAACCAUCUGUCGCAGACAAACGAAUCAGUUUGGAAGAGACUGAGCGAAAAGCUGUUCGAGCCGCUUUGCUAGAGGAACGCGGACGUUUUUGCCAUCUCGCGAGAUUGCUAAAGCCGGUUCUCGAUGAGGAAAUAGCGAUGCUGAUGGAGUUGACACAUCUCCAAGAGGUAUCUGAGCAACUGGAACGACACACGCUGGCCCCGUAUGAUCUUCCAGCGCAGUGCGAGCAGAUAAUAACAGACUUGAAGGAGCGAAGUGACUCGGGCCAGUGGCCAUUGCAUCACCACUUGACCUCAACAACUCCGCCCUCGAGCCCUUCGUUGUCUCUGGGCUCCCGCAAGAGCUCCAUGUGCUCCAUCAGCUCGUUAACCAGCAGCGGCAGCAGCGGGUCUUGCAAAAAUCAUCCUAGUCCUGCCUGCGGGCACCCUCACCACUGGCACAGAUCGUUUUCUCAGCCUCUAGGAGGACUCAACACUUGCCGAUCGAUAAUUAUUGACUCGGGAGGAGGAUACGGUAAUAAUGUUUCUAAAACAUUGAUGCUGCGUCGUCAUUUAUCUACUGGUAGCUCACGUGAUUCAGGUUUUACAUCUCAAGAUACGCUUAAUAAACAACCAACCGAACAGGUAUCAAGUGUGUCUUCCCAAAGUAACGUGAGUCAGAAUGCCAAUACUGGAUCGACAAAUAUAAAUCAGCAGCAGCGUCCGCUCUCGAACGCCACAUGGCCCAAUUUACAAGAAACAGCCGCGGGUUAUGAGAGACAACCAUCCAAAGGACAGACAUCCAAUGAACGACCUCAUACUAUUUCGUCGGCUUACGAGAAGGGUGGUCAUCAGCGACCAGCGUUGAGUGUCUACACAUUCCAAGCGCCAGACUCAACAGGAUGUCACAGCCAACCUGCCUCACCUGUGUCGGCCAACACCGUAGCGGUCAACCAAGCUCGCACACCGCCAAAAGCUGGCAAAGCUGCUAACGCCCCGAGACCCCCGAUUCCCAAUAGAUGCUCCAGUCUAGAGCGCUCUACGUCCACUUCACGGGUCAAUAAUGACGGUAAUGGUAAUCAACGUCCCGGUAAACCGAAAUUACCUUUGCCAGCGCAUUUAGCUAAAGAAUUAUUAGGAAAUCAAUUGGUUACCCAGCCGAUGUACGUAAACAUGCAUGAGUUGGCUAAUUUAGCAGCUAAUCGAGCGCAGGAAAUGCAAGUUCCAACUGUACGCAAUUCUGCUGCUUCAUCAAACCCAAAUCUUACUGAAAAGACUGAAUCAACAAUAACGCCAUUACCAAAAGAAGAAGCGCCUCAGCAAGCAGAAAUGAGUAAUUUAGAUAUCAGCGGAACAUGUACAUUGCCUCGUCGCGGAUCAUUCCAACAAAACAAGCCAGCACCGCCAACACGCCGAACAUCUACAAUAAUAACCUCAACGACAAGUAUAACAAAUACUCUCGAGGAGCGUACAAACUGCAGCAUAAGCGCGAGCAACCUUCUCCAAAUAGCCGGAGCAGACAGUGACUUGACCAUUUCACCCUCGCCCCCCAACAUAGCCGACGAAACCGAGAACCUUCCUCCGCCUCCAGCAUUCCUAUUAGAAGGAAGUUCGCCAACGGCGAGUCCUUAUCCCCCCGCUAAAAGAUCAAUAUCCGUUUCAGAGACAGUGAGAACACUUACCGAGCUGCGUCAUACCCCUGCAAGCCCGUCAUUUAUGCGUAAGCUGAUGGCUCAACAGGCACAGCCUCCAGUAACACGUGUUACUAGAUCAGGUCCCGAGCAUUCGAGCUCCUCCAGGCGUGUAUCCACCUCCAGCAUUGAGUCAUCCUCAUCCGGGCACAGUUCUUCGAACACUACCGUCUCCAACACUUCGACUUUCAACUCCAGUCAGCAAAAUUUGAUCAGUGUUCUGAGUUCUAAACUCAGCAGCACUUCCAUCAACUCAACUGCUGGGGACUGCAGUCCCAAGUUGAUGCGCAAACAUAUCAUUUCUACCAGUGAAUUACAGAGCCAAACUUGUUCUGCUCCGCGACGUACCAGCGUUGGUUUUCUCGAGACCCUUAAUGCUAAAUUAGCGGCACAGAAACAACAACAGCGUCAGCAACAAAGUCAACAACAAGUACCUCAAGUACAAACUCACUUAAAAAGUACAACCGCGACAUUAUCUACUCCUAAUAGAUCUGCAAGCGUCAGACGGAUUAUGGCUAAUAGAGUUCCUAUUCUAGAUCCGCUUCAAGUAAGAGAUUCAUUGAUGGAUCAGAUAAGACGCGGUACUUCUUUAAGGAAAACAACCGGUACUAUUAAUGAUCGUUCGGCUCCACAAAUAUAUUAA